CAAAUACUCAAAUCUCUAAUCAUCAUCUUCAGUUGAUUGUUUAAAUUGAAUUUAUAUAUCACUGGUUGUAUGACGAAUUCAUUGUUCAAAUUGAUUUCUCCGCCCUUUAUCGAUUUCUUCUCGAAACUUAUGCCAAUUGCCCCAUCUCCCGAAUCACUAAACCCUAACCAAAUUCCCAAACCGUCCCCAAUGCCUCCGCCUUGUACGGCGGAGCAGCAACAGCAGCCCCAAAACGUCCUGCCGGAAACCAAUGACGGCGAGGCCAACAAAAGCCUUAAUUCCGACAAGCCGAAGGAUAGUUCCACGGCUCCGGCGGCCACGCUGCUCCACGUGUCAUUCAACCAGGACAGCGGAUGUUUUGCGACGGGGACUGAUGGUGGAUUCCGAAUCUAUAACUGUGACCCGUUCCGCCAGCUUCUACACCGUGAUUGUAAACUUGCCGGCGGUGGCGUUGGGACUGUCGAGAUGCUUUUCCGUUGCAAUAUCAUGGCGCUAGUGAGCGGCGGCGGCAAGGAUAAGCCAAUCCCUCCUCCCAAUAAAGUGAUUAUCUGGGAUGAUUUUCAGAGGCAGUCCAUUGGAGAGCUCUCUUUCAGAUCGGAGGCGCGUGGAGUGAAGCUACGGAAGGAUCGGAUUGUUGUGGUGCUGGAGCACAAGAUCCACGUGCACGAUUUUCCGGGUUUGAGACCGUUGAAUGAUAUCGAGACAAUUUCCAACCCUAAGGGACUCUGUGCUCUGUCUCAGGGACCAACAGAAUCCUUUGUACUUGUGUGUCCAGGUCAGCGCAAGGGUCAGGUUAGGGUUGAGCAUCAUGCACCAUCCAGGAAAACUCGGUUCAUUCCGGCGCAUGAGUCCGAGAUCGCAUGCUUGGCACUCUCCCAGGACGGCCAGUUGGUGGCUACCGCGAGCGCUAGAGGUACUUUGGUUCGCGUUUUCAACACACACAAUGGCGAGCUCGUGCAGGAGUUAAGGCGGGGUACAGACAGAGCUGAUAUUUACAGCCUCGCGUUCUCCCCAUCUGCUCAAUGCCUUAAGACGGCUUCUGGCGGCGCCACAGCGAGCAAAAAUUUGAGUUUUCAACCGGAACCUAAGCUUUCAAGAACUUCAUCAUCAUCAGGCUCAUGGUUGUCUUUAAUGAAAGGUGUUUUACCCAAGUAUUUCAGUUCAGAAUGGUCCGUGGCUCAGUUUCGUUUAAAAGGAGGAUGUCAGUACGUUGUUGCCUUCGGGCAUCAAAAGCAUACGCUGGUAAUACUUGGGUUGGAUGGAAGCUUCUACAGAUGCAAGUUUGAUCCGGCCAAUGGUGGAGAAAUGACGCAGAUAGAACUCCACAAUUUUCAUUAG